GUUCCUACAUUGGCGACGUCCCCCCCCCCCUCCCCCUCUUUAACCUCCCCAUCCCCGGCGACCCUUCACUCUUCUACCUCCUGCUGCUCUUUCGAGCGGUCUGUUCUGUCCGCCAUGUUACAUUCAUCCCUUCCUCCCUUAGUUCCCCCCUGCUAUAUCGACCAAUCGACUGUUAGUUCGUUCGUUCGCUAGGGAAGGGAUAACCUACCUAGACUGGAGAGUCACAGGCCUUCUCCGUUCGUCGAACGCUGGGCAAUAAGGAAGCAACGAGUUUUCGUCGUGUUUGUUAACGCGUUUCUUCGUGUGUUCUCUUCGAGUUCUUCAAUAUAAAGACGAGAGAUAGGGACAUCAAAACAAAGAAAGAUAAAAAAAAAAAAAAAAAGAAAAAAAAAAGAAAGAACACGUGGAGUUGUUACGGCGUUAAAAAAAAAAAGAAAAAAGAGAGAAAAAAAAUAACGAUAAGAAAAAAGGAGUUGUGCUUUCUCUCUCUCUCGUUCUUUUACACACGUCGUCGUUUCUGGUGUAUCACUACGCCGGAACGUUUCUCUUGAAGAGAAGAAAAGAAAAGAAAAAAAAUCCUUCAUUUUGUUUUCUUCUUCUUUUUUUUUUUCUUUCUUUCUUCCUCUUCUUCUUCUUCUUCUUCUUCAUUCUACGUGUCGUGUCCGUCGAAGUGAUCCCGCGUGCAUAAAAAGUAACCACGAAAAUGAGUGUCGUACGUGUAGCUGAAAAAAAGGAAACCGUAUGCAAAGGUUCGAACGUUUUGAAUGGUAAUACCACAAACGAGAUUACCGAGGAUAUCACCGAUUGGCAAAAUGGACAAAAUCUUCUCGUCGUAACGCAAGAUCCUCAGGGAAAAGAAUUAAUCGCAUUGUCCGAUAAUCAGACCAUCAGUGUUGCCGUCGAUUCCUAUUGGUUACUAGAGCUUGCACAUAGGGAAUAUCAAGCUGGUGACUAUGAAAAUGCAGAAAGACAUUGUAUGCAACUAUGGCGUCAAGAAACAAAUAACACCGGAGUAUUAUUACUGCUCUCUUCUAUCCACUUUCAGUGUAGACGAUUAGAAAAGUCUGCGCAUUACAGUAGCUUGGCCAUAAAACAAAAUCCUUUGUUGGCGGAAGCUUAUAGUAACUUAGGAAACGUAUACAAAGAACGCGGACAGCUUCCAGAAGCUUUGGAGAAUUAUCGACACGCGGUCAGACUUAAACCUGAUUUCAUCGACGGAUAUAUCAACUUAGCUGCAGCUUUAGUAGCGGCAGGAGACAUGGAGCAAGCUGUUCAAGCAUAUAUCACUGCUCUACAAUACAACCCUGAUCUUUAUUGUGUGAGGAGUGAUCUUGGUAAUCUUUUGAAAGCAUUAGCAAGACUUGACGAAGCUAAGGCAUGCUAUCUGAAGGCGAUCGAGACAAGACCAGACUUUGCUGUCGCCUGGAGCAACUUAGGUUGCGUUUUCAAUGCUCAGGGAGAAAUAUGGUUGGCCAUUCAUCAUUUUGAGAAGGCUGUUGCUUUAGAUCCGAACUUUUUGGAUGCUUACAUCAAUUUAGGAAAUGUACUCAAGGAGGCACGUAUCUUCGACAGAGCUGUCGCUGCCUAUUUACGUGCAUUGAAUCUCAGUCCAAAUAAUGCCGUCGUACAUGGAAACUUGGCAUGCGUUUAUUAUGAACAAGGUCUCAUCGAUCUUGCAAUUGACACUUAUCGUCGUGCCAUCGAGCUACAGCCAAAUUUCCCGGAUGCCUAUUGCAAUUUGGCGAACGCUCUCAAAGAGAAGGGGCAAGUGGUCGAGGCCGAAGAAUGUUAUAAUACCGCCCUCCGGCUUUGUCCAACUCAUGCCGAUUCUCUCAAUAAUUUGGCCAACAUAAAACGCGAGCAAGGAUAUAUAGAAGAAGCUACGCGACUUUAUUUGAAGGCUCUCGAAGUAUUUCCAGAGUUUGCUGCCGCACAUAGCAAUCUUGCAUCAGUAUUACAACAACAAGGAAAGUUAAACGAAGCACUAAUGCAUUACAAGGAAGCGAUUCGCAUACAGCCAACAUUUGCAGAUGCUUAUUCGAAUAUGGGUAAUACCCUUAAGGAGAUGCAAGAUAUACAAGGUGCCCUUCAAUGUUAUACAAGGGCAAUACAAAUAAAUCCUGCUUUUGCCGAUGCUCAUUCCAACUUGGCUUCAAUCCACAAGGAUUCCGGGAAUAUUCCUGAAGCUAUUCAGUCAUACAGGACGGCAUUAAAACUUAAACCGGACUUUCCCGAUGCUUAUUGUAAUUUGGCACACUGUCUUCAAAUUGUAUGCGAUUGGACCGAUUAUGAGGCUAGGAUGAAAAAACUUGUUUCGAUCGUUGCCGAACAACUUGAUAAAAAUAGAUUACCUAGCGUACAUCCUCAUCAUUCGAUGCUCUAUCCAUUGUCUCAUGAUUUUCGAAAAGCCAUUGCUGCUAGGCAUGCCAACCUAUGUAUUGAAAAGAUCCAUGUUCUACAUAAACAACCAUACAAAUAUCCACGAGAAGUUAGCGCACGUUUGAAAGUUGGUUAUGUUUCAUCAGAUUUUGGAAAUCAUCCGACAAGUCAUUUAAUGCAAUCGAUUCCUGGCCUACACGAUCGUUCGAACGUUGAAAUUUUUUGUUAUGCAUUGAGUGCCGACGACGGGACAACAUUCCGAGCAAAAAUUGCCAGAGAGGCUGAACAUUUUGUUGAUCUAUCACAGACACCGUGCAAUGGAAAGGCCGCCGAUCGUAUUAAUGCCGAUGGUAUUCAUAUACUCGUUAACAUGAAUGGUUACACGAAAGGAGCAAGAAAUGAGAUCUUUGCUUUGAGACCAGCACCUAUUCAAGUUAUGUGGCUAGGUUAUCCUGGUACAUCUGGCGCUAGUUUCAUGGAUUAUUUAAUCACCGAUGAGGUUACAUCUCCUCUCGAACUUGCUACUCAAUAUAGUGAGAAACUAGCUUAUAUGCCACACACGUAUUUUAUUGGAGAUCACAAACAAAUGUUCCCACAUCUGAAGGAACGUCUCAUUUUAACGGACAAACUAAAUCCAAAAGGCAAAGUGGCAGAUAAUGUGGCUGUUAUUAAUGCUACCGAUUUGUCGCCGAUGAUUGAAAAUACAUUGGUGAAAGAAAUCCGCGAGGUUGUGGUGCCAGAUGCGAAAAACAAACCCGUUGAAAUUUCAUUGAAAGUAGCCGAAUUACCAACAACUACUCCGAUUGAGACGAUGAUAGCUUCUGGUCAAUGUCAGAUGUCUGUAAAUGGUGUUGUAGUGCAGAACGGUAUGGCGACUACUCAAGUCAACAACAAAACUGCCACGGGCGAGGAAGUGCCUCAGAACAUUGUCAUUACUACGAGACAACAAUAUGGUUUACCGGAAGAUGCAGUUGUUUAUUGCAAUUUUAAUCAAUUGUACAAGAUCGAUCCUCUUACUCUUCACAUGUGGGCGCACAUUUUAAAGAACGUGCCAAAUUCAGUACUUUGGCUGUUGAGAUUCCCAGCAGUUGGUGAACCUAAUCUUCAAGCGACAGCACAACAAUUAGGUCUCGCUCCUGGUAGGAUAUUAUUCAGUAACGUUGCUGCUAAAGAAGAACACGUUAGGCGCGGUCAAUUGGCCGACGUUUGUUUAGAUACACCAUUAUGUAAUGGACAUACCACAAGUAUGGACGUACUUUGGACUGGUACGCCGGUUGUUACGUUGCCUGGAGAAACAUUGGCAUCUCGUGUCGCUGCUAGCCAAUUGAAUACACUUGGUUGUCCUGAAUUAGUAGCUAGGACGAGACAGGAAUAUCAAGAAAUUGCUAUACGGUUGGGAACCGAUCGAGAAUACUUGAAAGCGACACGUGCGAAGGUAUGGAAGGCGCGUUCAGAAAGUCCAUUAUUCAAUUGCGAAUUGUAUGCCAUGGGUAUGGAAAUGUUAUAUAAAAAAAUGUGGGAACGUUUUGCUCGAGGAGAAAAGCCGGAUCAUGUGGCAGCCAUUGACAAAUCGGAAAGUCAAAAGUGAUUCAACGAUUUUGAAUAUAAUAUUAUUUUAAGUUUAUUAGAAAUCACACAUUUACAAGAUUAUUAUAUUAUUGAGUUGUACAACUGCUGCUCCUCUCUCUCUCUCUCUCUCUCUUUCUCUCUUUUUUCUUUUCUCUCUCUCUCUCUCUCUCUCUCUCUUUUUCUCUCUCUCUUUUUCUUUUCUAUUUCUUUUUCAAAAACCAUUAUUUGCGAUCCGAUCGUUCGGCAUCUCAUUAUUGUAAUAAUAAUUCCAUCUAAUUAUUUUCCAACAAUGUUUCUUCGUAUCUCAAAUAUCUAUGAUAAAAUAUUUUGUAUGGAUAAAUCAUAAAGCAUAAAUAAGAUCGAUAGUUUCAUCCACGUGAUGACUAUGACGAUGAUUAUGAUGAUUAUGAUGAUUAUAAUGAUGACGAAGAUGAUGAUGAUGAUGAUGCUGAUGAUGCUGAUGAUGAUGAUGAUGAUGAUGAUGCAGUUCGUGUUUUAUCGCCCAAGUGAGAAAGUGUUUUAGAAAAUCCUCUCUAUGUAAUUCUGUGAUCAGAAGUGUUACAUAAUGAUGGUUAAACAAAUCAUGAGCUGUUGUGUUAAAGCAAUCUCAUAUAUAAUAUACAUAUAUAUAUGUAUGCAUACAUACAUACAUACAUACAUAUAUACAUAGAUACAUACGUACAUACAUAGAUAGAUACCUACAUACAUACAUACA